AUGACUAAAUCAAGGAAGCAGAAGCAAAAGAAGAAGGAUUUCUUGAAGAAGAAGUUGAAAGUCGGGAAGACCGCUCCGAAGCCGAGCAACGUGACAGACACCUCGUACGUCGCGCGAACGAUUACGAUCAGGAAUCAGCAUUUGGAUCACCACAGCGACGACCUCAUAAAGCGGCUCCCGCUCUUAAGACACCACAACGAGACUGUUAGGAAGGAGACGUUGCAGCAUUUCAUCAAGUGCGUGCCGAAGAUUAUUAGGAGCAAGAUCAUGACGCCGCUGUUGAAGCAGAGCAUUCCUCUGAUCUGUGACAACAUCAAAUCCGUACGGGAUUCCCUGCUGGAACUCAUUGAGGAGAUUGGACUGCAUGACGAGCAAGUGCUGCAGUUGCACUGCAACGUAUUCGUGCUGUACAUAAGCAUGUCAAUGACGCACAUCGUCCCGCGGAUCCAAUGCGACUCGACACGGUUCCUGCUUGCGUUGUUGCAAUUCAGCUCGCAUGAGAUCGUGAAGCACGCAUGGACGAAACUGCUGAACGGGAACUUGACCGUGCUCGGCUGGAAUGACAAGAUCGGCGCGAAUCAGACCUCGGGCAGCUUGCAGACGAGGAAACGUGACUCCAAAAACAUAAAGACUCACCUCGACUGCCUGUACAAACUCAUCGAGUACGGUUGCACGGACCCUACACUGUCAGAAGAAGGUCCCAAGCAAAGUAACAAGUACCUCAUCCCGGAGACCCCGCAACCGUACGCACAGUUGAAACUGUUCGUUCGUUCUCUCAAGUCGCAAGAUCCAUCGGUCGCAGGCCAGGACCCGGCACUCGCAAACCAGGACCUGGCGACCCGCCGUGCCCUUUUUGCAGAGCAGUACCUCCCCAACAUCCAGCGGCAACUGCCACCGCUGAUCAGCGACGGCGGCGACUGCGGGAAGAGCGCCCACAGCAUCGAACUCAUCAUCGGCGCCGAAUUCGGAUCCGAAUCCAAAACCGGGUAA